GCCUCCCCCACAAUCCCACCCUCCCCUGCUUCUUCAGCCACCGAUCUCGAAACCCUUUUCCCUUUUCUUCUUUUCCUCCGCAUUUCUAGCUUAUCCCUCUCUGCUUCCAAAUUUUGUAUGGCUGAGCUUCCCUUUUUGUGAAUGCUCAGAAUAGCUUACGAGCUUGUACCCCCGAUGGGAAAUUAUAGGUUCAAACUCUCUGACAUGGUGCCAAAUGCUUGGUUCUACAAGCUCAGAGACAUGAGCAAAGGCAUAAAAAGCAAGAGCAAAGGGCAACAUCAAAGAAAAAAUCAAAAUUCAUUCCAAACGCAGCAGAACUCCAAGACCCAAACGGAAGCUUUGCUCCCCAGUAGAGCCUCCUACUGUUUCUCAAGCAGAGAAGAAGCAGAGAGGCCCAAUGUCUCACCUCUGCACCCCAGGGCCUCAGAUACUCUCUUCCCACAAGAUUCACCUAGGAAAUCAAAGAAGAAAAGCAGAAGAAAACCCCAUAGCCCCACCUCUACCCUCAUCUCCUCCUCCAUAUCCUCCUCCAUCUCCUCAGGCUGCAGUCGUUCAGCCUGGGAAGAGCAACUCACCCCUCCCCAGGAGGAGGAAGUAGACGCUCUAAUUGAUGCAAUCUGCAGCUACGAGCUUGGCUCUUCUUAUUCCAAAUUGCCUGAGUUGCAGCUAGAGCUUCCUCCAAUUAUGACAAAGCCGGCGAAGAAAGAAGCCGAGCAGCCAAAAGUGGAGGAGAAGAAACAGAGCAAGAGCAUGGCUCGGAAAUCUCCUACAGGAAUUCACCGGCUUCGAAUGCGCGCAAACUCUCCUAGAGUUGUCGCAACGAAGAAGGUUCAAACCAGCCGUAAAAGCGUCACAAAGCUGGAGAAAGGGAUCUCAAAAAGCUUCGCAGUGGUGAAGUCGUCAACAAAUCCUCAGAAGGACUUUAGGGACUCCAUGGUGGAAAUGAUUAGCGAGAACAACAUAAGGAGUUCCAAGGAAUUGGAAGAGCUGCUGGCCUGCUACCUUCUGUUGAAUGCCAAUGAGUAUCAUGAUGUUAUUAUUAAGGUGUUUAAGAAAAUCUGGUUUGAUCUCACUGACAUUAGCUCGUAAAAUUUUUAUAACUAAAGCUACGCUUUUUCUUUCUUCUAA